AUGUUCCUCCCCUCACGGAAGGCAUUAGCCUUCCUAGCUUGCCUUGCAAGCCAUUCCGUAGCACUCCUAACAACAUCCGAGAACUCGACACACUUCAACCUCGCUAACGACCGCUUCUCCAUUGCUUUGGCCAAGUCCAAUGGUCAUAUCGUUGACGUCCAACUAGACGGCCAGGAUCUACUUGGGCCGGUAGACGGCAACGCCGGAAAGGGUCCAUACCUGGACUGUUCCUGCAUCCCGUCGGGCUUCUGGACGCCCGGUAGCGGCGCUCAUUUAGAGCUUAUCAACGGCACGGACUCGACUGGCACCGCAUAUGGAGGACUUUACAUGAGCGCUACAUAUGCAGGAACCAACCAGACACUAUCGCAAUGGUUCUUCCUCCGGGGCGAAGAAACAGGACUCCAUGCCUUUUCCCGAGUCACAUAUUUCAACGAGACCACCCCCUCCCUACGAAGUCUUGGAGAAUUGCGCACACUUUUUAGACCGAGCACGGACCUCUGGACGCACUUCUCUACCAGCGAUGGCAAUUACGGACCAAAGCCUCUUGGCAGCAACAGUGGGUUGGUAGUCCAGGAUGCGACAACCUACAUAGGGAACGUUACGGAUGAUCCCUAUGUCUCCCAAUACUCGGAUUACUUUACCAAAUACACUCUGGCGGAGAGCUGGCGAAACCACGACGUCCAUGGGCUGUUUAGUGACGGCUCAUCUAGUUCUGACGGAAGCACAUUCGGCGCUUGGCUAGUUCAUAACACCGUUGAGACGUACUAUGGAGGUCCUCUACACUCUGAUCUUGUUGUCGAUGGCAUUGUGUAUAAUUAUUUGGUCUCCGGUCAUCAUGGAGCACCUACGCCAAACCUCACGCAUGGGUUUGAUCGCACGUGGGGACCUCAAUUUUACUACUUUAACCGGGGGGAUUCGGAGACGACACUCGCCGAUUUGAGGGCAGAUGCUGCCAAGUACGCUGACCCGGAGUGGAAUGCUGAGUUCUAUGAUAGUAUCGCGGAUCAUAUUCCCAAUUUCACCCCGUCGACUGGGAGGACUACAUUCAAGGGAAAGGUAUCGCUACCCAAAGGUGCAAAGAGGCCAAUCAUUGUGCUCUCCGAGGAUGGACAGGACUUCCAGCUCAAUGUCUUCAACACGGAAUCUCUGCAGUACUGGGCUGAGAUUGACAAAUCUGGAAGCUUUAGCAUCCCCCGUGUUGUAGAAGGGACAUACAGAAUAACCAUUUACGCGGACGAGAUCUUCGGAUGGUUUAUCCAAGACCACGUCAAAGUUUUGAAAUCGCAGUCCAAAGACUACAGCUUCACCUGGAAAGAGGAAAGCGCGGGUAAAGAAAUCUGGCGUAUCGGUAUACCGGAUAAGUCUUCUGGAGAGUACCUGCAUGGCUACGCACCGGAUACGUCCAAGCCGCUACAACCAGAACAACAUCGCAUAUACUGGGGAAAAUAUGACUACCCAGCUGACUUCCCCGAGGGAAUCAACUUCCAUGUUGGAAAGAGCGACCCAUCCCAAGACCUCAAUUACAUUCAUUGGGCAUUCUUCCCCUCUCAGGGAAAUCAUCUUCGCACUGAGCCAUACUAUGACAAUGUCAACAACUGGACGGUGACAUUCGACCUAACUGCAGACCAGCUCCACAACACGAACACGGCGACGUUCACCGUGCAGAUUGCAGGUGCGAAGACCGCGAACGGCAACGCGAAGUGGACGCCCGUUGAAGGGAAGUACAGUAAUCUUCCCUGGACGGUGAAUGUAAAUGGACGGUAUGAGUCCACAUGGGUGAUCCCGUACUGGCGGAGUGGAUCAUGUGGGGUACGCAGUGCUGUUUCCUGCCAGAAUAUAGAGCAGAAGUUUGCGUUUCCAUCGAAGAAUCUCCAAGAAGGGAAGAAUGAGUUUGUUUUGAGUUUGCCGUUCAAUGCGUCGAGUACGGAGACUGCGUUGCUGCCGGAUGCACUUUACGUGCAGGCAAGAGUGAUGGGUUCGCGGCUGGAUCCGGCCCGCCCCGCCCCGAACCCGCUAGUUAAUUCUAAUCUUGGAUUUGGACGAGAUAAUCCGAUCAUGGAAUUCUCCAAUAAUAGAAUCAUAACAUGA